UCUUCGUCGCUUUAUGGCUGCGGAAGUAACCGGAAAUGCGCUCAGCUAAGAGGUUGCCUCUCUAUAGUAACCAGUGGACCCUUAGCCUCAAUGCUAUAUGUCUAAGGAAGAAACCUGUGUUCAGAACAACAGAGACAGGAUCGCUAGUAACUAGUACGGGGCUCCGUAGCUUUGUGCUGAGGAAGAAACCAGAGCUCAUAUGUUCUAUAACUAAUUGACAGUGGGUCAUUAUGUGGCUAAUGAAGACAUCCGGCCUCAGAUAACGGAUAGAGGGUCAACAGUGAUUACUGAUAUGGUCUCAUCGGAAUCUGACUCCGACUCUUGCUCGUCUAUAGGCUUUGCUAUUGUGGUCUCCAUUUCUUCCUCUUCAUUUCUCUCUUCUGGAAAAAACAAAUUCGAUGUCAUCUAAAAACCAGCCUCGUCAGGAUCCUCGGAUCGCGCCCAAAGAGGUGAUCGUCACGCGGAGGAAGUCUGCGUUACAGAAGAGACAACUGCGGGAUAAGGACAGGAGCAUGCGCAGUAUCACACAGCUGCUGAAAUCUCCUACUAGGAGCUCACAGUCAACGAAAAAGCAGAAAUUGUCACCAAAACCGAAAUCGCCCAAAAAGAAGGCGCAGUUAUCUCCUGACUCAGUCGAAGGUACCAUUACCAUUAAUGAAUCCCCGAAACAAGUGCAGAGGCGACCUAGAGUGGAGAAGCAAAGGGUGUGGCUGAAGCCCAAACAUAACUUCAAGAUGGUGGCGAGGACGAACAAGAGGAAGCUGGGUGUACCACAUAAAGAAGUGGAACCCAGCCGUGUUGCGCUGGAGCCGCAGUCGGAGUCGCUGGACUCGGAGGGCUGGCUGGAGGUGCUGACGUGCGCCAGCCCCGUGUGGUGGGAGCCCGCGCCCGACCACAACUACUCUGAGGAUGCCAUUUACAUCAGACAACCGAGUCCAGAAAAUAAAAUAAGUUAUUUACAAUGUACACAAACAAAUUUUACACAUAGCAAAUCGUAUAAUGAUAAACAAGUUGAUCACAAGUUUACGAGCAAAAAGCAAAAGCUCGAAAGCAUAUUGGGUUGUAUUAAAAAUAGGAAAAAUAUCGAAAAAGACAAUGAUGAUGACAAAAGUGAUAAUAUAGAUGUUGAUUUGAUAAAUGAUGAAAUAUUAUCGAAUCUAGAAAAUAUCGAUAUACCUAUAGAACCAGUGAUGAACGCAAAUGAAGUUAAAAUUGAACAAGAUGAUAAAAUUAAUGUACCUAAUGAAAUUGUUGAUGAAGUAGAUUAUAAUCAUACAAUGAAAUAUGUUGAUAGUGUUGUACCUGAAAAUUUGCCGCCAUUACAAAGAAACCCGAGGCAUUCAAAUAAAAAUGUUACGCAAAAUGUAAUUUCAAAUGAUUUACAUGAAAAUUAUGCAGCUCUCGAAAGGAAUGGAAUGAAAAUUAACUCGGUAGAUGAUAUUUUAGAUAAAUCGAAAGAUCCAGACACAAUUUCCGAUACAAACAUAAAAUUCAUCGACAAAGUAGAAGACAAAGAAUUGGACGACACGUCGCAAAUGAUUUUGGAGAAAAUAAAGAAGUUUUUUCACGAGAAAGAGAGGAGAUCCAGUAGAAAGGAAUAUAUAACUGUGUAUAAAAUUGUCGACAACGAGGAGAAGCAGGAAGUAAAAAAUGACGAUCAGAGUAAAAUUAAUUACUUUUACAAGAAAUGCAAGAACGUCAGAAAGAAAAGUGACAAUAAAACUCUAGCAUUGCCUAACAGUGAAGUGAAGUAUUGUUUUAAGUGCUCGUCGAUAUUCGAGACGAAGGAGUGUCAUUAUUGUGCUAUGACGGAGACGCGCGAGUGUGUGUGCGACACAAUGAGUCGAGACUGCUCUUGUGAAGUUUGCGAUGCGAACAGUGUUCAUUUGAAGUGUUCUAAAUGAAUUAGCGUGUUCCACGAAGCGAAAACGACAACCUCAUUGCCAUUUCUCUAACAAAAGCGUGAUACGCGGGGCUGAGGCAGACGAGUGGGGAAAUGGUGACAAAAAACGAAAUAAGCCACGCGCCUUUAUGUGAAGUCUAUGUCUCACUGUGCACAGCACAAGUUGAUAAUGGUUGAUAUUAUAUAUGGUCCGUGGUUUUAAUAUGGAUUCAUUAUUAAGAGUAUAAGUAUUUUCAAUAAAUAGGCUCGAUGCCAGCGGACAGACAAACUCUAGUUCGAAACAAUAAGCUUUCAUUGGGUGCAACGCAAAUCGUUCCAUUCUCAACUCGUCCAAAUCGCAACUUAUCCCAUUUGCAACUCGUCCUGUUCGGAACUCGUCCCAUUCGCAACUACGAGUUGUAAAAUAUAAAUGGACGAGCUGCGAAUUUGAUGAGUUUCGAACAGGACAACUUGCUUCACACCCCUUUGAUUUUGAAUGUAGUAUAUAACCGUGUUUGGGGGCAAUUUCGUAACUCAAUUUUACACGCUUUUAUUUAGUUUCACCUGUGCGAUGUUUGCUUGUCUGUCUGUAAUCAAAUCUUUCAAGUUAUAUUUCUCCAACUUCCAGACGUUGACGAUGUCCUACAGAGUUGAAAUUUAUCACGUCGCUUCAGUGAAUUAUUAUGAUAAACAUGACCUGAUGGUGCACCCAGGAUCGGGUCCCGACGUGGGAACUCAGCGGUUUACAGCACGGACAUGGGUUCUUGUCAGGCGUUAAAUGCCACAAGAUCUCUCUGACGACAAUAAAAGCUUGUAACAAAUAAGGAAUUUUUGUGAAAAAAAUAUUGAUACAUUUACAAAUAUUGACAGUACUGUGUGUAAAUUGAUUCCUGUGAUCAAUGCUAUACAUACGUGGCUAUACAGUUUAUGUAUUAUAUUAGUUUAGUAGAUAAAUAGAUUAGUAAAAAUAAAACUAUGAUUUUUUUUU